AUCACGAAUUUUCUCGCAUUUUCCAAGUGGAAACUCGAUUUUCUCGGAAAUAUAUCGUUGCUCAUUUCAAUUUCUCUGAUUAAAAAGAUCAAAAUCCUUCCCUCUCUAGCUUUCAACAGAUUUCGGCAUUAAUUCCGCGAGACAACGAAAAGAGCAAAAAAGACGAGAUUUUUUUUGCAUUUAUCUGCCGAUGCCGCCACCGCCGAUCCCCGACGGCCGGAUCUCCGGCGAACCUCCACCACCGCCGCCGAAGGCCAACGGGAAGAUACUCUCUCUCUUCCUCAUUGGUCUUAUCAUGAUAUCUAUCACCUCCCUCUUCUUCGUCCUCCUCGGUCUCGCCUCCAUCAUCCUCCUCCCUCUCCUCCUCACUUCUCUCCACCGUCACCACAGCCACCGCCGCCAUGAAUCCUCAAAGGGGUUUUUCUCGAGACGCUUGAAGGAGCUUCCCCAGUUCAAAUUUUCCGAGCCGACGCGGUACGGGAGCGAUUGCGUGGUCUGUCUCGACGGGUUCAGGCAAGGACAAUGGUGUCGGAGGCUUGUAGGUUGCGGCCACGUUUUCCACCGGGGGUGUGUGGAUGCGUGGUUGGUAAAAGUCGCAGCUUGUCCGAUUUGCAGGGCUAGGGUUAGAUUGGAUGAAGAAGAUGAAGAAGAAGGAGACUUUUGGGCAUGUUUUGGUCAGAGAAGGAGUAGAUUGCUAGAAUUAAAGCAGCAGGUGAUGUAAGAACAGCUGUUUCUCCUCAUCACCGAGAACCAAAGACAGAGUAGAGAUCUUUAACCCAACAACACAAGCUAGCUUUCUUUUUUGCCAGACCCGUGAAUCGUUCUGUGCUUCUGAAUUCUCUGAUGGAGUUAGCGGGUUUGCUCUUUACGAAGAACAGGUCAGCCGAUGUUCUUCAUGACAGUAUUAUUCCCUCUCGGGCAUGUCUGUCUCAUCGGUUUUUCCCGCAUUCAUCUUCCUGUUUGUCUACGUACUGCAUCAUAUAUCCUUGUUCUAUGGUCAGUGUAGUUAUACAUGGUCUGCGCAUCCGAUCUUUACUUAAACUGGAAAGAACAUCCAGAACAAAGAGUUCCUGUUCUUGACCAUAAUGUCUUGGGAAUCGGCCUCCUGCUAUUUGUUCC